AUGGGUCGCACCGUCGAUCAAGAGGUGCAUGCGGCGUUCGUCGAGUUCCGCGCCAAGGAAGAUGAUAAGUGCCUCUCCGUGCAGUGUAUCUAUUGUCAACAAAUUCGCGCAAAGAAUACCUCGAGACAGAAGCAGCAUUUGCUUGAAUGUCCUGGUCUCCGAGGACACCCUAACGCGCCUCAGCCUUCCCAGCCUACUCCUACUCCCAACGGCAUCGGCGCCCCCAAUGGAUACCCCGGUACCCCCAAUGGUCCUACAGCUACACCAUCAGUCCCUACAGGAGGCCCUACCAUUCCUACACCCAACGGCGCAUUGAUGACCAACGGUGUCAACCCUCACGCUACUCCAAUGCAGACCCCGUUGCAAACCCCAUUGCAGGCCUUGCAGAACCGCCCACCGAUGCAAACUCCGGGUCCACCUCCCGGACCUCCGGGCUCUGCGCCUUCAUCAGUCGUGCCGUCGCGUCCGACCCCAAAGCCUAAGGCUAAGAGCAGCACAUCCAAUCUGCCCGCGCCGCCAUUGGACGAUGUGCACGCGGCUUUUGUGGAGUUUCGCGCCAAGGAGGAGGACAAAUGUCUGUCGGUGCAGUGCAUCUACUGCCAACAGGUUCGCGCCAAGAAUACUAGUCGCCAGCGCCAGCACUUGCUCGAAUGCCCCACCUAUCUCAGUGUUAUGAAGGACUCGAUUCCUGCCAACAACUUGCUACACACAUUCCCCGAGGGCGAUGUCGCGCGAUCACUUCAAAUCCCCGUUCCAACGCUGGAGCUUGAUUUCCGCAUGAGCAUCAAAUUGAACCCCAAGGUGAAUAUCGGCCAGAGCAUCUGGGGUGGCCAAGAAUGGGUUUCAUACGUUGGUGGGCAAUGGGCCGGUCGGUGGGGCAAGGGUGUUGUUCUGCCCGGCGGUCAAGAUACUCAGAUCGUUACUAAAGACUCGACUACAAAACUGCGCGCCAACUACCUGCUCCAAACUGCCGACGAGCCUCCGGCUUUCAUCAUGGUCAAGACUGAGGGCUGGCUUACCGGCGCGAAGGAUGUAUUGGAGAAAGUCAAUGAUCCCAGUGUGGCGGAUGGCAUCAACCCCAGCAGCUACAAAUAUCGCGUCAACUUGGCCAUGGAAACUGGCGAUGAGCGAUACACCUUCCUGAACACUCUUAUGUGGGUUGGCAGCGGUUGCCGCCGAGGCCAAGAAGUAAUUUUCGAUUCAUUCCGUGUCAAUUAA